AUGAUAAACUUUACCAGUAUUGAAAUAUAUCAACAGUUUACUUCGCGAUACAUCGGUGUUAUAAACACAUUGUUCGAUGAACGAAAUAUGGCCAGCCCAUUGACGCAAAAUGAUCUCAUCAUUCAGAUUUCAGAUUCGAAUUUAUAUGAAUUUCGUUUUGAAACAUUUCGAAUGUUGAACGACCUUCCAAAUCGAAUGUUUUGUUGCGUCAGAUUUUUCAUCUACUAUAAACAUGAUCAUGUCACACUCAAUCUCAAGGACGACAUACGAAACAUCACAUUCUCGUCUUUACAAAUCCUCAUCCACUGUCAUCAGUACGCCUUCGCAGAGUACACCUAUAUGCCCACUAAUGACAAAGAAAACUUCAUCGAUAAAAUGAUCUGUAAAGCUCCGGAGAACGUCAUAGCAACAACCGAGCUGUCGACAACGACAAUUGAGCUGUCCACAACGACAAGAAAAUCUUCGAAAAAGCUUAUAAUUUUAGUUGGGAUAGUUGGUGGCGGUAGUUUAUUUCCGUGCUUGCUACUCGCUUGUUGUUUGUAUGUUUUAUGCCAACAAAACAACGAGCAGGAUGACAGUGAUGUCCAGAACGAGUGUCGCUUGACCGAAAGUGCCAAUUAUAGCACCAGCCUCGGCGAUUUUUAUCCUCAGUGUUUACAAUGUCGAAUUCAAACAUUAGUCAAAUCAGAUGACAUUCAACUCGAAACUGACAGUUUAUGUUCAACGGUCGAACUCCAAUGUGUACAAUUGAUAUUCGACGAUCAAGACUUAUUCGAUGAUUUCUUCAACCUUCAUCAAGAGUACAUCUAUGACUUAUUUAGCAAAACGAAUGGUGAUUUUAAUCAGAAUACUCUUCAUGUUACAUUGAAAAAGCAUCAGUUUGAAGAGGUUAACCGACAAUUUGUCGAGCGACACUUUCAAAGUAAAUAUCAAGCAUAUCGUGUUCUAUUCUUGGAAAUAUAUUUACAAGAUUCGGUGAUGAAAAUACACGAAGAUUUGAUUGGUUUAACUCGCUUAUCGAUGAAAAUUAUUCUAAAUUGUCGAGUCAAAAACGAACCUUUACAAACAAUUUAUACUAUUCAUAACCAAAAGAUUAGUUUAGAAAGUCAAAAAGAUCAUUGUUCACCCAUGUCGCCAACUACUAACAUCCUGACGAGUCCAACUUCAUCACCGCAAUUCCUCUUAAUUUCCGAAGAGAAACCCGGAGCUUCGCAUUUAUUUCCCAUCUUAUUCACAUGUAUGCUAAUCAGUUUACUUGUACUUUCCCUAUUCUAUUAUUACAAAUGUUAUGACAAGAAAUCUUCGAAGGCAUCGAACAGUGGAAGUGCAUCAACGAUCAGUUUAGAAACCCCAAUGUCGAUUGAAGAGAAAGCGAGAUUAAGCUUGAAACCUAAACGGACGAAAGUUGGAAUGCGCGUAGUACAGUUAUUCAAUGAGGAGAUUUGA